AUGACGAACCACAAUUCGGGUGUUGGACGCACUGAACCGCUCGGUGUGACCGUACCGCUGCCACCACCACCACAGACCGUCUCUUCGGAUCAGGCGGUGUCUGCCCUUUCGUCGCAAGUGGUGCAACUCACCGCGAUGGUGAGCGAGAUGAGAUCGCGGAUGGAGAGUCCGGGCGAUUCUCUGAUGUUUGGCCGACCGCCACCUGCGCCGCCCUUUUCCAUACCCUAUUCACCACUCUCGACGGGCUCCCUACCGGUAUUCUCCUUUACACCGUCGUCCGCCGUGGGCACUCAGACCAUGCCCACUUCUCUGCCGUUCCUUCCCCCAGGGUUCUCGCAAACCCUAGGCCCUUCACAGCCUAUGUCGUCACCACAGUUCGGUUUUCGUGAUACCGGAGGAUCGAUCCCGAUCACGACCAGGUUUUCACAGCCGGUCUCACAGCCAUGGCAGUUCAGCUGCACUGAACAGCGAUCCACGGAAAUCCCCCCUAUUUCGCGCCCUCAAAUGGUGAGCGCAUCGUCGGGUUGGGGCCCGCCGGGACCGAUGACGACGUUUGGGUCGUUCCAAUCGGAACAGCAACGACCCAAAGUUAAGAUGGAACCCCCGAGGUUUGACGGGACGGAGGUGAAUAACUGGAUUCGGGGCAUCCAAUUUUAUUUCUAUCAUGUGGGUACACCCGAGGCACAACGGCUGCAUUACGUCAUUAUGCUCUUUGAGCCGGCCGUCGCUGAUUGGAUCUGGAACUAUUGCUCUAGCCAUGAAUUCGUCACCUGGCCGGAAUUCUUGGAUGACGUUCGACGGAGGUUCGACCCUCAAUGCUACGUUAGUCACGUGGGACUUCUCAAAAAACUACAACAGAUAGGUACGGUCUAUGACUAUCAGUUAGCUUUUGAAAAAUUACAGACCAAAGUGGUCGGUGUUCCUGACCAUGUGCUUCUUGAUUUGUAUGUGGCCAGUCUGAGGCAACCGAUACAGGACGAGGUGUUACUUCAUCGCCCAACAUCCUUGUCAGCGGCUUUCGCCCUUGCCACACAGCUCGCAUCAUGCAGACAGGAGACCCCACAACCGCAACAUUCCUCAGGCCGCCGUCAGUGGCAGCCCCGCGACACCAGAGGACAGGGCCAGCCUACACCGCAGGUCACAGCCAGCCAGGCAUCGCCGGCAGCGGCUAACCGUGCGACCUUCUCGGCGCCACGCUCCCAGGAUUCUGCCGCGACACCAAUCGUUCGCCUUUCGGCAGCAGAAAAGGCGGAACGUCGGUGCCUCAACCUUUGUUUCUAUUGCCCGGAGAAAUGGGUGACGGGCCACGUCUGUGGCACUCGAAUUUUGGCAUAUAUGGGGGUGUGUGAAGAUGAGGAUGACCCUACUGAGUACACAGAGGAGGCUGUCCCAGAUGAGGUUAUUCAAGCAGACUUGUCUCAUUUGUUGGCAAUUGAGGGAGGGAGACAGUCGAAAUCCCUUACUCUCGCGGGCAAGAUUGACUCGGCGACCGUGGAAGUUUUGAUCGAUACCGGGAGCUCACACGACUUCCUGCAUCCAAAAAUCGCAGAAAAGUUGCACCUACCGCUGACGGAGAUUCGGCCCUUCAGAGUAUAUGUAGGGAAUGGUGCCUCCCUACUAUGCUCUCACUUGUGCAAGGCAACACGGCUAUCAUUGCAGGGGAUUCCGUUCUCUAUAGACUUGCAUAUUCUUCCAAUUCAUGGUCCGGACGUCAUUUUAGGCAUGGAAUGGUUGGAAUCCUUGGGAAGAGUUACCACGGACUUUAGUACUAAGUCGAUCGAAUUCGUCAAGGGCAAGGAAUUGAUUGUGCUUUCAGGCGUGUUGCGAGCACCUUCGCUGCUAUCUUUGAACUCUUUUGCCUCGCUGAUGUCGCAUUCGGCGGCGUUUGAUCUAUACGAGUUAAUCUCGGUCCCUCCAUCGACGGGAACCGAACUGCCAAAUUCGACGGACGAAUUCCCGGCUGACCUGCCACCAGUGAUCAGCGCUGUUUUGGCCAGCCAUCGGGGGGUCUUCCACCUGCCCAGCGGCCUUCCACCUGCCCGGAAGUUCGAUCACCGCAUCCACCUAUUGCCCAACAGCAAACCGAUUAAUGUGCGGCCGUAUCGGUACCCUUACUUCCAGAAGAACGAAAUUGAACGUCAGGUUCGGGAUAUGUUGGACCAAGGGGUGAUCCAGAGGAGCCAUAGCCCUUUUUCGUCACCGGUUCUAUUAGUUCGCAAGAAAGAUGGCACGUUUCGGUUCUGCAUCGACUACAGGGCUUUGAAUAAGGCUACGGUUCCCGACCAUUUUCCUAUUCCGACGGCAGACGAGCUCUUUGAUGAAUUGGGUGCAGCUCGGUUCUUUACAAAUCGGACCUUCGCUCGAGAUACCACCAGAUUCGGAUGCAUGAGGAGGAUACGUAUAAGACAGCAUUUCGUACACACGAUGGCCAUUUCGAGUUCUUGGUGA